AUGGCCAUUGACGAUCUCAUAACAGACUCGGCCCUGCGCCCGCUUCUCCAAACGUCCCACGCGACUCUGGCACAGACACUUUCUGUUUUGAAAUGGCUGGAAGAACACGCAACGACCUCAACCCCCACACUUGAGCAAAAGCUGGAGCUAGCACAACAACACAAGAUUCUGAACGCGUACCUGGCCAAGCUGCGAGGCCAACAUCGACAGGCGGCCUUCGGAGCGCGGACAACCAAGCAGGAGACAGCAGAGGCACGGCAAGAGGUUGAUCGGCUGCUAUUACAGCUGCAGAAUUUGUACUACGAACAGAGACACCUACUUGGCGAGAUUGGAACUUGCGAGGCGUACGACCAUCUCUAUAUGCACCUGCCACUCCAUCCCUUGGAUGAAUACAUCGCCAUGUUCCCGGAUCAGGCAGAUUUGCCAGAACAGGAGCUAAUGCCGUUGAGGAUCGAAUAUGAGAGGCAGGAGCGGGAGAAAAUGGAGCAGCAGAGAUUAGAGCUGGUCAAGAUCAAGGAUGCCCUGGUGAAGGAGAACACCAGGAAAAAAGACGAGUUGAAGAAGAUGGACGAGAAAUUGGAGGUAAUGAUCGACGGGCUCAAGCCUCUGGGGGAAGCGCUGCAGAAAGAACUGUAA